UUUUGUGCUCAGCUAACCCAACAGACGUCUCUCAGUCUCGGUUGCUGCCGUUGUUCGUUUGUACAUUCGACGAGAAGGGGCUUUUUUAAUUAUUUAGAAGCACAGGGUUUGUUGUGUUCGUGGCCUGGAUGCGACUCUAUUAGCAAGAGCUAGCCAGAUUGCAAUGUUUUUGGACUCAAUGAAGAGGAUAUGAGGCGAGUGGACGGAUCAUGUCGGCUAACAGCUGUCAUGCAUCAUGAAUUUGUCCGAGAUCUAUGACAACGCCAAAAAGGGUCGAGAGUAUGCAUUGCUGGGCAACUACGACUCAUCCAGUGUUUACUACCAGGGCGUCCUGCAACAGAUCAACAAACACUGCCAGAACCUCAGGGACCCAGCGCUUAAAGUCAGGUGGCAACAGGUGAGAGAGGAGCUGACCGAGGAAUGGGAACAGGUAAAGAGUAUUUUGGUCGUGCUGGAAGCCUUCAAGACGGAGAAGCCGGUGACCGUGCCCGUUCCUCAUUUUGGGGGAGGCGGCGAGGACCCGGCAGCGUGGCCGCCUCCCACUCCUGUGGAACACAGGAACCCUGUCGUGGGGAAACGUCCCAACAGUGGUGUGAAACAUCAGAAGAAAGACUCACCUGGUCUUCAGCAUCGAGGGGAAGGGCAAGAAGGUCGCGGACAGGCCAAAUAUAAAGCCAGAGAAGGCCGGAACAUGAAAUCUCAAGACGAUGGAAAGAAAGGUGAAAAGGAGAAGAAAUUUGAUGGUGGUGGACAUGACAGCGACCUGGUUGAAUCGUUAGAGCGAGACAUUGUGUCUCGCAACCUGAAUGUUUACUGGAACGACAUAGCCGAUCUGGAGGAUGCGAAGAAGCUGCUAAGAGAAGCUGUGGUGCUACCCAUGUGGAUGCCUGACUUCUUCAAGGGCAUUCGACGGCCCUGGAAGGGUGUGCUAAUGGUCGGACCACCCGGAACAGGCAAGACAAUGUUAGCUAAAGCCGUGGCCACAGAAUGCGGGACGACUUUCUUCAACAUGUCUUCAUCCACUCUUACCUCCAAAUAUAGAGGCGAGUCGGAGAAACUCGUUCGUCUUCUCUUUGAAAUGGCUCGCUUCUACGCUCCAACGACCAUCUUCAUAGAUGAGAUCGACUCCAUCUGCAGCAGAAGAGGAACGUCGAAUGAACAUGAGGCCAGUCGCAGGGUCAAAUCUGAGCUUCUGAUUCAAAUGGAUGGCGUGGGUGGGGCGCAGGACAAUGACGACCCUUCCAAGAUGGUGAUGGUCCUCGCCGCAACCAACUUUCCGUGGGACAUUGAUGAAGCGUUACGCCGACGUCUGGAGAAACGAAUUUACAUCCCGCUGCCAACAGCUGUAGGUCGCGUAGAGCUUCUGAAGAUCAACUUACGGGAAGUGGAAUUGGCGGCUGACGUGAACCUGGACAUUAUCGCUGAGAAGACUGAGGGCUACUCAGGCGCUGACAUCACCAAUGUCUGCAGGGACGCAUCCAUGAUGGCCAUGCGGCGGAGAAUCCAAGGACUGACCCCCGAGGAGAUCCGAGCCCUGUCCAAAGAAGAGCUGCAGAUGCCCGUCAUGAUGGAGGACUUAACGCUAACCCUCAAGAAGAUCUCCAAGUCGGUCUCCGCUGCAGAUCUGGAAAAAUACGAAGCCUGGAUGUCAGAGUUUGGUUCAGGGUAAAAGAGGAACAAUGCCUGACGAAAACUCGAACUCUGAUAGCUAUUUGCCUGAUGAAUAAGUAACACUGUUGCACAAUUAUUCAUUUGGUACAUUUUUUUAAAUAGAGCGAUGAAUGUUUUGAAGCAGACUCUACUGAUUAUGUCGUCACGGAAUUUGAAAAAAAAAAUUUGCAGAAUGCAGACGACAUCUCGCGUUAAGUUUGUUUAGUAAAUGGUCACUUAAAGUCGACCUAGCAAUGUUUUGCCUUUUGAGGCUGUAGCAGAGCCACCACAAUAGCAGGAUGCUGCUAGCAUGUCAGGGAAUACCACACUGGGAUGGAAAAUUUUACUUUUAUAUAUGCCUUUGCUGCCAGCAAUCUUCUCCCACGCUGUAGGAACCUCUAUGUAUGCUGUUGAGGUGUGCUCAAAUCCAAUAAAAGACGCCCUGAGUUAUUAUUCAUGGAAUUGUUUGUCAAAACUAAGGUUUAGAGACAGUUCUGUGUACAUUCAAGCAGGUAAAAUCUUGUUUCAUGAAUUGAAAAGAACAGAAUUUUGAUUUUCCAAUGUGGAAUAGUGGAGAAAAUUAUCAAUGUAAGACAGUCCAAAUAUUUUAUCAAUGCUAGUACAACCAGAGCUGUGCUUGAGUCGAUUGCUGCCUUCACGUGGUGUUGUAAAUAUGGUAAGUACCACUUGUCCGGUCGAAAAUUGCAUGUGAACGGCCCCUAAAAGUCGUGGUUUCUGGAGAACUGGGAUUUUAUUAUAAUACCCAAGUUUCUGAGAUGGUGGAACUUUUAACUUUUCAAAAUGGCGACACGCGAACAAGUUGUGAAUGGAGAGAAACUACCGUAAUUUUCGGACUAUAAGCCACUACUUUUUUUCCUGCGGCUCAUAGUGCAAUAGGGCUUAUUUGUUGAUUUAUUUGGGUGAAUAGGUGACACUUUAUUAGACAGCGGCAUCAUAAUAUUUCAUAAUUUUACUGAAUAUUUUUGACAGAUGUCAUCAAGUGUCAUCUGGCAAAUUAUGUCACCAACUCCAUUCAUGUCCAGCUCAGAUCUUUUACAUCCAUUCAAAAGUGAGAUAAUUUGCCGGAUGACACAAAAUGACAUCCGUUAUAAGCAUUCAUUAAUGCUCAUGACAGUGUCUUAUGGCACCACUGUCAAAGUGUUACCAGAUAUCAUAACUUGUGCUGUCAAAAUUAUCGCGUUAACGGACGGUAAUUAAUUUUGUAAAAUUAAUCACGUUAAAAUAUUUGACGCAAUUAACGCACAUGCCCCGCUCUAACAGAUUAAAAUGUACAGUACAGUGUGAUGUCCACUUGUUACUUGUUUUUUGGUGUUUGGCGCCCUCUGCUGGCGCUUAGGUCCAACUGAUUUUAUGGGUUAGUACCAUGAGUGCGCAUGGUGUAAUUAUUGACAUCAACAAUGGCGAGCUACUAGUUUAUUUUUUAAUUGAAAAUUUUACAAAUUUUAAUAAAACGAAAACAUUA